CUCUAAAAGCUCACGUGAACCCAUCUCCCUCACCGUCAUUAUCGCACUGCCUCGUCCUUUUUUUCUCCCAUUCACAUGCCCUAGCCGAUCUUCUCCUACGCGGCGGAAACCGACACACGCUUCUACCUCACAAGCAGCACUAACCGACAAUACCCUAACCUUCCCCUCUCCCACACGCGGCUUUCCUUCGUCCUGGACCUCACCACCGGUAACUUCCGAAUCAAGCCAUCUUCCUUCCUCGGCUAAAAGUACCCCUUGAAGGGAGGAGAAAAUCUUGAGUCAGGACGCAGCUUGAAGGUUGUUUUCCUGGAUUCUGAGAGGCAUAGUGCGAGUGCUCUCGUUUCUUCACCAACAAGAGGAGGGAAGACUGCCAUGGAGACCAGAUUGGAUCUGGACGGGAAUACGAUCAAGCCCAUAAAGAUCUGCAUGAUCGGCGCCGGGGGCUUCAUCGGUUCGCAUCUCUGCGAGAAGCUAUUGACGGAGACGCCGCACACGAUUCUGGCAGUUGACGUUUAUAAUGAUAAGAUAAAGCACUUGUUAGAACAACCGUCUAGCUACCAGCCGCAUCACUGGGCUGACCGUAUACAAUUCCAUCGCCUUAACAUAAAAAAUGACCCUAGGCUCGAAUGCCUCAUCAAAUUGUCCGAUCUGACGAUCAACCUUGCGGCCAUUUGCACUCCGGCAGAUUAUAACACCCGUCCGCUUGACACCAUUUACAGCAAUUUUAUCGACGCCCUUCCAGUGGUCCGAUAUUGUUCCGAGAACGGCAAGCGUUUGAUUAGAUUUAUAUAUGCUGAGGGUGCGGAGAAUGGUCUCGAGUUCACUAUUGUGAGACCUUUCAACUGGAUUGGGCCAAGGAUGGACUUUAUUCCUGGCGUUGAUGGUCCCAGUGAGGGUGUGCCCAGAGUUUUGGCAUGCUUCAGCAAUAAUCUUCUUCGUCGUGAGCCUUUGAAGCUUGUUGAUGGCGGGCAAUCUCAACGAACAUUCGUGUACAUCAAAGAUGCUAUUGAAGCUGUUCUUUUGAUGAUUGAGAAUCCUGAUCGAGCAAAUGGCCACACCUUUAAUGUUGGGAAUCCUAACAAUGAAGUCACAGUCAAGCAACUUGCAGAAAUUAUGACACAGGUGUACUCCAAGGUAUCUGGGGAGCCUCCACUUGAGGUUCCAACCAUUGAUGUCAGCUCAGAGGAGUUUUACGGUGAAGGAUAUGAUGAUAGCGACAAAAGGAUUCCGGACAUGACAAUAAUCAAUAGACAAUUGGGUUGGAAUCCGAAGACAUCUCUGCACGACCUGCUGGAUUCGACGAUGACUUACCAGCACAAGACUUACGCAGAAGCCAUUAAGAAGGUAAUGACGAAACCUACUGCAACCACUUAGAAGAUUUACAUGCUAGGCUUGUGUGGCAAAGUCUAAAUGGACGUUUUGGUUGGUGCACCUAUUGAAAUCUUGUGAGCAAACAUAAAUAUUAAUUUCUUUCAAUUAAUUUUCAUUUGUUUACUUUUUUAGUUGUCUUCAUUCGAAUACUAUAUUUUGUAGCUAUAGAAUGGCUUUUUAAAGACAUGGAAAUUAGU